UUGAUCGCCUACUCGACUCGAGCGCAGAAGGCAGUGCUCCUUGCUCACCACCGUUUUCAAGUUGAUCAAACUACCUGAGACUCAUUGAACUACUAUCAAAGACGAAAAAAAAGUGACGAACAACGUGUGAACUUCUUGCGAUAUUUCGAACAUUUUUUGAAAGCCGUUUUUCAAGUGAGACAAAUGUUGCCUGCCGGAACAAUGGAAGACGAGACCUGCCGCAUCAGCCUCCACCAACACAUUGCGGCCGCCCCGCCAGCUUCGGCAAUUCGGGCCAUCAAAGCCACAGAUUUCUCGAUUGCGGCCAUCAUUGGCAGCAGCAGCAGCAACAGCAAACCGACAUCGCAUCACGAAUUCUACGUGAAACCGUCAUCACCCGAAUCGGCCAACAGCAAACCAAUUUUCCAUUUCGAUCCGGUGUUGACAAAGACCGUGCUGCCUAAACAAGAGACGACACAGAUAUGCAAAUCGGAAGAGUCCGACGUGGACAUCGAGAAGGAUGUGGAUGUCGAAGAAUUCUCUGAUGCUGAGAACGUCUCGGCUUCGUCACCGUCGGCUCUGUCUUGCGAAGACGAGCAGGAAGCCGACGAGGAGGAAGAUGAGGAAGACAACAAGAGCAAGAGCAGCAGCGGAAACAAGAGCAAAUCGGGUCCCGUUCGCUCAAAUGGCAAGAAGAAAAGUCGCUCGGAGCCGGUAAAUCAUUUGAUUAAGCCGCGCUGCAAUUGCGACGAGCUCAUGGGUGUGGACUGCCAACUGGAAACCAAAGAGUUGUGGGACAAGUUCCACGAGUUGGGCACCGAAAUGAUCAUCACGAAAACCGGCAGACGCAUGUUCCCAACUGUGCGCAUUACUUUCUCCGGUUCGCUGUUCGGUGAUCACCGUGACGUGAGCAACAACGGAGCCAAUCGAGUGCGCUAUUUCGUCAUGUUGGACGUUGUGCCGGUGGACAGCAAGCGCUACCGAUACGCCUACCAUCGAUCAUCGUGGCUGGUGGCCGGCAAAGCCGAUCCGCCGGCUCCGGCACGUCUCUACACCCACCCGGACUCGCCGUUCACACCCGACCAGCUUCGCAAGCAAGUCAUCUCCUUCGAGAAAGUCAAGUUGACCAAUAACGAAAUGGACAAACAAGGACAGAUCGUCUUGAACUCGAUGCACCGUUACCAGCCCCGAGUUCACAUUGUCCGCCGUAUGGAAGGCGAUACGAGCCGACCCAUCGUCGAUUUGGAACGCGAACAGUUCCGCACCUACGUUUUCCCGGAGACGGUCUUCACCGCUGUCACGGCCUACCAAAACCAGCUGAUAACAAAACUGAAGAUCGACAGCAACCCGUUCGCCAAAGGCUUCCGCGACUCUUCUCGGCUCAGCGAUUUCGAAAGUCGGGAUUCGAUGGAAGGAAUCAUGGCCGAGCAUCACCAGCAGUACAUGCGCAGCAAUCCCUUACGGCUCUUUCCCGAUGCGUCGGAAAUGGAUCCGGCCUCAGCGGCUACUGCUGCCGCCAUGCUCACAGAGAAGGCCCGGAGCGCGCUCGGUCUCCCGCCGUCGGCUUUCUGGAACGGCCAGCCGCAGCAGCAUCCGGUCCAACAGCAACAGCAGCGCAUGAGGAACCCUUUGGAAUCGUCGUAUCAACAGUUCAUGAAUCCAUCAGCCGCAGUGGCCACGGCGGCCGCAAUGUCACAGUUGUACUCGCGCGGAGCCGCGGCAGCGGCCAACGGGAUGAUCCCGCCGCCGCACUUCUGGUCUCAAUUUUACGGACUCAAUCAUCAACUCGGUCUGCUAUCCGGCCUAGCCGGUGGAUUCCCCGUUUCGGCUGGCGCUGGAACCGAAUCUUGCGCUGGAUCACCGCCUCCAUCGUCGACAUCUUCCACCAGUCCGAACGGAUUCAGCCACCAACAGCAGCAGCAACACCAUCGCUAUUCUCCGUACCCUUUGAACGGUGCCAAGGGUCAGCUCCGCACUCCGUCGCCACGUAGCGUGGCCAUGGCCGUUCCAUCGUCAUCUCCUAAAUGAAGAGAAGCAAAAAAAAAAAAAUAAAAAUGAUCGUUUUGAAUCUAUUCAAGAUUGUACAUAAAAGCGCGCGUUUGUUCCACGAUACGUCAAACUGUACAUACAAAAAGGCUGGCCAUGCACGACCUCACGUCCUAUAUAUUUUGAAUGGAAAUCACCCCUAUUUUUUUUUUGUUGUCCGUGUCUAUAUAUAUGCAGUGCUUGUAUCGCAACAGUAUUUUCUCGUUUUAUUUUUUUAUCCUCUCACUUUUCGAUUAGCUAAUCGAUAUAGUAACUUACAAUGUACAGUAUAUUGCCAAUUAGCCGGAUUCAUUAGAAUUUCGUCCGAUUUUCAAAUGGAAUAUCACACUAAAUGUAUCGACAAAUUUAAAACAAAAAAAAAAGGAUA